UUGCCCUUCAAACUCAAGCAAAAAGAUGAACCACGCCCCCCACACGGAUUCGGUCGGCUAAAACGUCGACCAUGGGCUCUUCUCGAAAUCCAAAUUUUCUCGACAAAAUCGCCGAUACACUGGAAACAAACAGCAAAGGGGUGCAGUAUGGACUGUACGGACUGGGAUUCGCGGGACUGGUCGUGGCCUUCAGGAAAGUGCGCCCUAUUCAAAAGUUCUCCAAUCCAAGAGACGUCCCACGCAGCUUCAUUAAAAAGAAGGAGCCAUUGAACGGCGUCGUGAAAGGCGCCGAGUUGCGCAACGGAGCUGCCGUCCUUCAAAUAGCACACACUCCACCCUUGCCCUUAGGCCGAGAGGGAAAGCCGCCCUACCUGCCCGUGUCACUGUGUGGCGUUUCGCCAACCGUGAAUGGUCUUUCGUGGCUACAGAUUGUCCUUGAUUCACAACCAGUCACAUUCACAGUCCUGUCUACAAAUCCGGACACCGCAUCAUCUCUAGUUACAUUCAAUGGCAAAGACGUCGGUUCUCGUCUUGUUGAGCUGGGAUUUGCCAGAGUCACCCCGGCCGACCCCACUUUGACCUCUAGCGAAGCCUACAAGAAAUUGCACGCCAAGCUAGUUAAGUCUGAACGUUGGGCUGAACUCAAUGGCAAUGGAAUGUGGUGGGGUCAUGCACCGUUUUACAUCAGAAUUGCAAACAAGGCGUGUUCUCGAGUGCGGCUGCUGGUGGCUCAAGCAAAGUCCGCGAAGAGGCAACAACCUGCUGCAGUCGUCGCAGUCAGAUAAGAUUUUUACCUAAAUUUGAAUACUGGCCAGACUUGAUACUUUUUGGCCGUAGAUCAAAUUCUAAUAAGUCUGAUAGUGACUGAGCAUAUUAAUCUGUGUUGAGGAUAAAGGUUGUUUUAUAACAAGAGUUGAGAACUUGCAAUGACUGCGUAAGCCAUUGCUCAUGUUGAUAAAAAUCGUUAAACAAAUUGUUGCUUGACCUUUCGGAGAAGGUUCAGACCUGAAACAAGUGCCAAUAAAUUUUAAGCGUAAUGCACCAUUAAUAG